AUGCCAAAUAUUAAUCAAAACCAAGAAACUAAAUAUCGCAAACCCACUACUAUUGACCGCGAACAACUAGAAUAUACGAUAAGCAAAACUUUAACUUAUAGCGUGCUUAUUUUUGCCACUGUCGGCACUUGUGCUUCGGAAUUGCCAUUGGCUGCUAUCUUUAUAAUAGCGGCUUAUUACAAACCCUCAAGAAUAAGUUAUUUAGCCCCAAAGAAACUGAAUAAACCUUAUGAACACCCUUGCCCAAAGAGAUUUAGUGGAGCAAUUAAGCCUAGCACUCCGGCUACUUCCCCCGCGGAAAUCGAAGUUAAUCAACCCUUAAAACCUCUCGGUGACUACUCCAAAGAAGAACUUGACCGCCGCACUAAGUUUUUAGAACGCCAAGAACGAGCCGAAAGGUUAGCUGCCGAAAAAGAAAAUCAUGCCUCUCAUCCAACAACCGCUUAA